AGAGGCUCCAGUUGGCAGCCAAGAGUACAUCUCCUUUCAAAUAGCUGGAUUAGGUCCUCAUGCUGCUGUGGUCAUUGCUGGUCAUCUUUGCUGCAGUCACUGAACAGGCAGAUUUGCUGACCCUUGUGGCGCCCUCUUCUGUCUUCGAAGGAGACAGCAUAGUUCUGAAAUGCCAGGGAGUAGAGAACUGGAAAAUUCAGAAGAUGACUUACCACAAGGAUAACAAAGAGUUAUCUGUUUUCAAAAAAGUCUCAGAUUUCCUUAUCCAAAGUGCAGUUUUAAGUGACAGUGGUAACUAUUUCUGUAGUACCAAAGGAAACAUCUUUUUGUGGGAUAAACGUUCAAAUAUAGUAAAGAUAAAAGUCCAAGAGCUCUUUCAACACCCUGUGCUGACAGCCAGCUCCUUCCAGCCCAUCGAAGGGGGUCCAGUGAGCCUGAAAUGUGAGACCCAGCUCUCUCCACAGAGGCUGGAUGUUCAACUCCAGUUCUGCUUCUUCAGAGAAAAUCAGGUCCUGGGGUCAAGAUGGAGCAGCUCCCCGGAGCUCCAGAUUCCUGCCAUGUGGAGUGAAGACACAGGGUCUUACUGGUGUGAGGCAGAAACGGUGACUCACAGGAUCAGAAAACAGAGCCUGCAAUCCCAGAUUCACGUGCAAAGAAUCCCCAUCUCUAACGUAAGCUUGGAGACCCGGGCCCCCGGGGGACAGGUGACUGAAGGACAAAAACUGAUCUUGCUCUGCUCAGUGACUGCGGGUACAGGAAAUGUCACAUUCUCCUGGUACAGAGAGGCCACAGGAACCAGUCUGGGAAUGAAAACCCAGCAUUCCUUGUCAGCAGAGCUGGAGAUCCCAGCUGUGAAGGAGAGUGAUGCCGGCAAAUAUUACUGUAGAGCUGACAACGGCCAUGAGUCUAUCCAGAGCAAAGUGGUGAAUAUCCCUGUGAGAAUUCCAGUGUCUCGCCCCGUCCUCACCCUCAGGUCUCCUGGGGCCCAGACUGCAGUGGGGGACCUGCUGGAGCUUCACUGUGAGGCCCUGAGAGGCUCUCCCCCAAUCCUGUACCGAUUUUAUCGUGAGGAUGUCACCCUGGGGAACAGCUCGGCCCCCUCUGGAGGAGGGGCCUCCUUCAACCUCUCUCUGACUGCAGAACAUUCUGGAAACUACUCCUGUGAGGCUGACAAUGGCCUGGGGGCCCAGCACAGUGAGGCAGUGCCAGUCUCCAUCUCAGGACCUGAUGGCCAUAGAAGAGACCUCAUGACAGCUGGAGUUCUCUGGGGACUGUUUGGUGUCCUUGUUUUCAUUGGUGUUGCUUUGCUGUUGUAUUCCUUGUUCCACAAGAUAUCAGGAGAAAGUUCUGCCACUAAUGAACCUAGAGGUGAUUGCAGGCAGAAUCCUCAGGAGUUCACCUAUUCAAGCCCAAUCCCAAAAAUGGAGGAGCUGCAGCCAGUGUAUGUCAAUGUGGGCUCUGUAGAUGUGGAUGUGGUUUAUUCUCAGGUCUGGAGCAUCCAGCAGCCAGAAAGCUCAGCAAACAUCAGGACACUUCUGGAGAACAAGGACUCCCAAGUCAUCUACUCUUCUGUGAAGAAAUCAUAACACUUGGAGGAAUCAGAAGGGAAGAUCAACAACAAGGAUGGGGCAUCAUUAAGACUUGCCAUAAAACCUUAUGUAAAUGCUCGAGGCUUAUCACCUGCCACAGCCACCACAUGCUUCAGGAGCCACCUCCUGUCAUCAUUUUUGUUCUGAUCAUGUUCCUUCUCCAAUAUCUUCUUUUACUCAUUAAUAUUCAUUGAACUGUUACUACAUUCAGACACUGUGCAAGUAAAUUAUUUCUGCUACCUUCUCUUAAGCAA